GAGUGAGGAGCUGCUCUGCGGAGCCCCUGGUGCUCCGGAUCCUGCUGCGAGCUCCGGACUCGGCGGGGGGAUCCCGCAGGGUCCUCGACUGAGGGACACAUCCCCGAGGUACACACACCUGUGUGUGAGGUUCCCCCCCCCCCGGGACACUCCCGGGGCGGGGCCCGUUACCGGUUCCCGUCCAGCCGCCGCCGCGGGACCGCUCGGCCCGGGGGGACGAGCCCAUGGCCGGGAAGGAGCCGCUGCUGAGCGCCCUUAAAGGUGCGGUGCUGCAGCUGCGGGAGGUCGGGGGGCCCUGCACGGACACCUCGCCGCACCUCGUGUCCCUCUGCCAGCGGCUGGAGAGCAUCCUGCGCAAGGGGCUCCGACAACCGGCUUGGGGCUUCCGGAGACGGGAUUACUGGCACUGGCUGGAGCAGCUUCCCGCGGGGACCAGCGGCAGGCCGACCCCUCUCUCCAUGAGCAUCCAGAAAGCCGGGGGCUGUGAGCGGACACGGACGGCCCAGGGCCGUGGGCGGUACUUCCUGCGCUUGGCCCUGCAAGGGAAGGUGCUGGCGGUGGCCGUGAGGGAGCUGGCACAGACCCCCGGACUCCUGGAGUUUUAUGAUCCGGAGAGCUCCAUCCUCGGCAGUGAAGGUCUCCGGGAGCCUUUCCUCUCGCUGCUGCUGGUGCUGACAGAGAUGGAUUUCUCCCUGGAUCUGCAGAAUUGCAGCUUCUUGGACGAGAGCUGGCUGCUGCCGGUGUGCAGCACUUACGAGACAGUCCCAUGCCGAGCGCUGGGGAUGGUGCUCAGGUAUGUGGAGGGCCGAGUCUUUGUCACCAAGGUGCUCCCUGAGAGCCAGGCAGAGGUGGAUGAGGUGGUGCUGGCCGGCGACAUCCUGGAUGAGAUCAACGGCUGCUCGCUGAGAUACGCCCACAGCAGGCAGGCUGGGGACAUCCUGCAGAAGCUGAAGGGACAGCCACUCAUCUUCCGCCUGCUCCGGUGGCGGUGGCACGACGGGCAGGUCUAUGAGCCACUGCUGCCCUACCUGAAGGUCCUGAAGGAGAAGGAGCCCCACUUCCAGCUCCAGCACAGCCCCCGGCACAGGGGCGAGGGGGAGCCACGGCAGCUGCGAGGGGGCAGGCUGCUCUACAACCUGCAGUAUCUGGGCCAGACCAGCAUUGGGACGUAUGGUGGCAAAGAGGUGCUGGAGCAGGCCAUCCCUGCAGUGCUGGAGGGGCACUUGGCAGUGCAGGAGGUUUUAUUUGAUGUGAAGGAGGCAGAAGUCCUGGUGCAGGAGAAAGCGUCUUCCAAGCUCCUGUGCCGCCAUCCCUACCCCACCAUCUCCUGCGUGGGACGCUGCACGUGGAGCAGCAGGAUAUUCGCCUUCUGUGUGGCCUCUUCCCCGGAGAGCCCUGACGGGAGCACGUUCGACUGCCUGGUGUUUGCAUCGAGUUCUGAGCAAGAAUGCGAGGAAAUCGUCGGGAGAAUCGCUGCAGGAUUUAAGCACACGGAGUGGUUUGUCUGAGGAGGGAGAACCUCAUGACCAGGCACUGGUGUCCCAGCCUCCCCCAGCAGCACAUGAGGGAUGCAGGCCCCGGCUCUCAGAGCAGGAUUUGGGAUGGUUUUCACACCAGUGUCACACCAUCCUGGUGGGACAAUCAUAGAUGGCCAUCGCUGACUUACAGCAGACACUGGUAGGAUCUGCUGCUGCUCUUCCCUCUGAAGUGCCACUUGAAUUUCAUUGGAAUAAAUCAAGCCAAGCUGGCUCAA